UCUCACGUCCCACCGUGCUUUGUUUUCCUUUAGGACUCAUGGGGAAGUGAAUCUCUCUUUUGGUUGGUGGGGUUCAAAUCUCCUCAUACAGACAAACACAAGGACUUGACCGUGUUGUUUGUCCGGAGCAGAACGAGUAUCUGACCUCAGAGGACUCCGGCCAGUGUCCUCCUCUCCAGCGGUGUCAGUCUGACAGGUUCCGCUAACGUCGGCGCAGCAGGACAUUGAACGCAGCACAGAUGUUGAUGAAGAAGCGAGGCCACGCGUGUCUGAUCGCCUCCAGUAUGGGCUCGCUGGUCUUGUUGAUGAUGGUGCUGUACGGGACCUUCGGCUCCCAGCCAGGCAGCAGCUCCAGCCUCAGACAUGACUACCAGCUGCUGGGCAGACCUCUGUACAAGCUGGAGCUGGGCUGGCCCCGGAACCCGGAGCUCUUCACCGGGGACGUGUUCGCUGUGGCAGUCGACCAGUAUGCUGGUUUUGUGUAUGUGGCACAGAGAGGUGAUAAUGUGCCCAAGGUGCUGGUGUUCACUACAGAUGGAGAUUUCAUCAUGUCCUGGAACACAACCACACUGGAGAUGCCUCAUGGGAUAUUUUUAGCAGAUGCAGCCUCACUGAACCCCACUGUGUGGAUCACAGAUGUGGGGAAUGGCCCAUACGGCCACUGCAUCAAACAGUACUCAACAUCAGGGAAGCUUCUUCAGGUGCUUGGCACACCAGGGAAGCCAGGCUCAGGGUUGAACCCUCUGCAGUUCGACCAGCCAGCGGAGAUCUUCAUCCAUAGCUCCGGGGAAAUGUACAUUGUGGACGGUGAUGGUGGAAUGAACAACCGCCUCAUCAAGCUUUCUAAAGAUCAAGAGGUGUUGUGGAUGCAUGGAGAGAAAGGACAAGGCCUGGCUCAGUUCUACAUCCCCCACAGCGUGACUGUGGACAAUGCCCUGAGGGUGUGGGUGGCCGACAGGGGCAACAAGAGGAUCCAGGUCUUUAACUCCAUCACAGGGGACUGGCUUGGGACGUGGGGGAGCUGCUUCACGGAGGACGCGCCUUACUCUGUACGCCUGACCCCAGACAAGAAGUACUUUGUUGUUGUCCAGCUCCACACAAAUCAGAUCUCGCUGCUGGAUGCACCUCCAGUGGGUUUAAUUGGCCAAUGCAAAGUGGUCAGUGUGAUCCAGCUGGCUGAAGAUGUGAAGCCCCACCUGGUCGACCUGGACCUGAAGACUGGAGCUCUGUACGUGGCUGAGAUCGGAGCUCAGCAGGCUCAGAAAUUCACCCCCUUCAGUUUGGGUGGGAGUUUCCUGUAGAGCUGCACUGGGCUUUAAUUGAAGAAUUAAAAAUGGCAUAAUCAUUUUUGAAAACUGUGACACUUAUCAGAAUGAAAUAAUUUACUUUAAAACGGACAAACCAUUUAUAUAAUAUAGUAUAUUAUAUUAUAUAAUAUAAUUUGCAGUCAUGAGAACCAGAAAAGUGACAGACAGAGGCGAUUGUUUAUGGGCUUGUGAUGCCUGGUAGUCCCAGUCAGAAAUCCAUCCACACUGCAAGAGUAUCAGAAUAAUAUUAGACUUAUAUAAAGUAAAUGUAAUUGGUACAGGACCCCUGACUAAGCAUUUGCCCGUCAGUAACGACUUCAUAAAAUAAAAGAACAUGCAGGUAAAGAAAAACAGGUUUCUCCACAACAGAUAAGGGCAUCGUGAUAUUUGUUCUUAUAAACCAAUAGUUAACAAUAAUUGCUAACUGAACAUACGGUUGGUGGGUUUUUCAUUGUUCUCGCUGUUUUGUGAAGUUAUGUUCCAUUAGUAUUACUUUCCUUGAUGAUGCACUGCUUGGCUUACUGCUUCUCUUAAAGGUAUUGUUCACCCAAAAAUGAGAAUUCUCUCAAGAAGGCAUCAUUCACACCAUGUUUUUAGCCUUAGUGUCCGCUGUUUUCCUCUGGAGCUGUGUUCACACGUGGAUCACAGAGGACAUUAAGGCUAAAAACAUGUUGUAAAUGUACUUGUUUUGAGUCAAAUUUGAAUGUCGGGGCUUACAAACACUUGGAUGACACCACAGGAGCAGUAUGAAGGCAUGUUAUGUUUUGUUUUUUUUUUUGACGGUUGAAGAAGGAGUCACCAUUUGCUUCAAUUGUAUUCAAUUCGACUGCAACGCUGUUUACCCCUGAGACUCCAAAAGUUUUUGUGGACUCAAACACUUCCCCCACCCCACCACUGGCAUAGUGGUGAGUAGAUAAUGAGUGCAUUUUCAUUUUUGUGCGAACUAUCCCUUUAAGCAGAGGUGUUUCUUCACUGCAGACACUUUAAAACCCUUUUGUGCUUUUUGCCAGUUCAGCCUUUAAAGGACUUUUGUGGAGUUGUCCUGUCAACAAACAAACGUUUUAAACUCGGUAUGUAUUGAACUUUAUAUCCAUGUUUACCAGUUUGCAGUUGUCCUUCAGGGAUAUUCCUUGUCGUGUUACCGCCACGUGUUGAUCAGGAAUAUCGUGAUGCAAUUGGGACGACUGUGCAUUGCGUCACAUUGUGUGUGGACAAGAGACAAAACAGGGACCCACAAUGCUACUAGAAGUCAAAAACACAACAGGGAACCUGUUUAAAGACGUUUGUAUGAUUGUAUUUGUGUACAAGGCUGGAACUGAACUGUUUUGCAUUGUCUAUUGAGUUGUCUGUAAAUAGCAUUGAACCCAACAGCACUUCAUAAUAGAGAAUUCAUUCAUCUUCCUGAUGAAUGAUGUUGUAUUGCUUUCUCUCAGUAAUCUUGAUGUAUAUGUAUAUUACUGUCUUGCUAUUUAUAUCUGUGUUUUGGGAUAAUCAUUACUGUGAAAAGUGUAUUGUAAUAAUUGAACUGUUCACAUGAGAGUACUCUAACAGGAGAGUGACAGAUCAGCAGAGCAGAGGAAACUCUUUUCUGGUAUUCUUGUCAUCUGAAUAAAGUAAAUAUCCACAGAGUUAAUGUUUCUGGUAAGAUAUGUAGAUAAGUGUUUCAUAGGGUAAAGGGUCACUCCACCAAUCUCCACAUCAAUUCAUUUGAUAGGGCUUUUUCAAAUCAAGAAAAAUGCUGAGAGAAAAAAAAGUCUUACUCCUCUACUUUAAACCACAAAUACACCUUUAAUGAGUGAAUGAGUAAUGUGUAAAACACAUUUUGAGGCUUUUUUCUGGCAAACAGUGUGAUUUCAAACAUUUAUGAGAGCAUUUUGUUCUUUCUCAACUGUCUAAUAUGUUACAUUUGAAGUCGAUCUGUGCAUUGAUUUGUUUCUCCUCAACUGUACUUGAAGGUGUUUUUGAUUUUGAAGUGAUCCAGGUGUACUUAUGUAAUGUUAGCGAUGCUUUUACUACCCCUUUCUUAAAUGUCCAAGUGAAAGAAAUUCUUAAUUUACGUCUUAAUAAUCAGACCAGACUGUUUUCUGAUAAUAAAUGAAUUAUUGAAUUGUCUUAAAAUGAGAAGGAUGUGCUUGUAGUGUCAUCUAUAAACUGUUUUUCUUUCUUAAUACAAUCGUAAUAUAAGCAUCAUCUGAUUUGUUCCAAAGAUGCACUUUUCUGUUCUGAUAUACUUUUGCAAAAUGGUGUUUGGUUUGACUGGUUUUUGGAUUAAAUCCUCAAUCACAUCUUCGUCUGGGUGUACACUGAAAUGUAUAUGCAUGCAUUUCUUUGCAUACAGAUCUUUGAAUUCCUUUAUUUGUAAAUUGUUCUAUUGUUGGAAAAUGCAUUUUAUGCCUUCCUCCAAUAAAAAUAGC